AGGGCUGCUGUCGGCGAGUGCCAGCAUCCACCACUCUUGCCUCGCUCUGCUCAGGACAAGGGUAGGAUCCGCUCUCCCACCCUCGCCACAAUGUCUUGCUACGACCUGUGCCCACCAAAAACCAGCGUUGCCGUCCCCCAGCCCAUCGCUGAGAGCUGCAACGAGCUGUGCGCCCGCCAGUGCCCCGACUCAACGGCCUUCAUCCAGCCGCCCCCCGUGGUCGUCACCUUCCCCGGCCCCAUCCUCAGCUCCUUCCCCCAGCAAGCCGUGGUGGGCUCCUCUGGAGCACCCGCCUUUGGGGGCUCCCUGGGGCUGGGGGGCCUCUACGGCGCUGGGGCCACACAGGGCUCGGGCGGCCUCUGCACCUUUGGCAGACCCUACACCUCUGCGGCCUGCACCCCCUGCGCCUGGCCCCGCUACGGCAAGAAGCUCUGGGACACCUGUGGGCCCUGCUAG